AAACAUUGCGAUGAAUCUUCCGCAGGAUGCGUUCUGAAUUCGUUGAAACUCGUUGACGAUUUCUUUAUCUGUUUCGAUCGGAAUUCGUGUGUCGGAAAACGAGACACGAACAAACGACGAGUCGUUCUCGGUUAUCAGUGAACUUCUGAACACGCCCCACGCCGUUGAAAUUAAACCGGCUGAACCCAACCCUUUGAUAUGCACAGAACGUAAUGUGUCAUUUUUCACGUGUUUCCGUGAACUUUUCGUGAACAGAGGGAAUCGUCAGAAAAGACGCAACAUUGAUAGAUUUUUAUUGGAAUAAGCGUUUUUCGUAACCUCUUGACAAAAUGUCUGGAACGCUAAAACCUUAUUUGGCAGCAGUGAGGAGGACACUGACUGCUGCUAUGUGUCUGGAGAACUUCUCUUCCCAAAUAGUGGAGAAACAUAAUAAGCCUGAGGUUGAAGUGAGAGCUAGUAAGGAGCUUCUUCUGACUCCGAUAUUGAUAAGCAGAAAUGACAAAGAGAAGGUGCUGAUCGAGUCCAGUAUAAACAGUAUGAGAAUAAGUAUUGCUGUAAAACAGGCUGAUGAUUUAGAGAAGCUACUGUGUCAUAAUUUCACAAGAUUUAUGACAAUGAGAGCGGAACACUUUAUCAUUCUUAGGAGAAAGCCAAUAGAGGGUUAUGAUAUUAGUUUUUUAAUUACAAAUAUCCAUGUAGAGCAAAUGUACAAACACAAAAUUGUAGACUUUGUCAUUUAUUUCAUGGAAGAGAUUGACAGAGAGAUCAGUGAGAUGAAACUGUCUAUGAAUGCAAGGGCUCGAAUUUGUGCGGAAGAAUUUCUGAAAAGGUUUUAAUUUCACGGACACAAAGUGUUAACAACAUAGCAAUAAUCGCAAACGCCAGGUCAUUAAAAGUAACAGUGCCCAAGAAUUACAAACUGGUUAAUACUUAACCAGUAUUUUAACGGAUAAUAUCCCAACCGAUCCUUGAUCCAACCCUCUGUUGUUCUCCAGCCGCGAUCCAAGAAACAUGAUCCAUUCGAAAUAAAUUUCUCGAUUAAUCGAUGUUAUCUCCAGCUCUGUGUGCGUGUGUGCGUGUGUGCAUGUGCAAACGAACAACAAGUCUGAUGUACAUGUAAGUACAGUAUAUAACAGUAUAUAAAUUCAGCACCCGUGAUCGAAACGCGCGAACCUUCCAAUCGAGAGUUUCUUUCUCCCAAAAGGGGAAAAUUGGAAGUGCUCGUUGGCGUCCGUUCAAAAAGCUGCUGAGUCUUUCUAAAACUAAUUUUAAUAUUCUCGAACCCAAGACGAUAUAAAUAAUCGAGAAAAUGACGAAACCGCGAGAAUAACAUUAAUAUGAUAAACUUUUCACGCGACGAACUUAUUUCUCAGUUUCGUCGCAGAAACUAAGAGAAA